GUUUGUGUUUGAAUUUGAAUUAAUCUAGAGAUUUCCUUCUGUACUUUUAAUAAGAUUCUACGUAACCAGUCUGUUAAGUAUUAUUGUAUUAUAUAUAUAUUAUCAUAUAAAUGAAAUGGAUAGUAAAACAGCAUUGCUAGAUCCGUCGUUGGACAAACAGUUAAAGGGCCAUCGGAACAGUAUUACGGCACUAUAUUACAGUCCAAAUGAGACGCAAAUUGCUAGCAGCUCGUUGGAUAACAGCGUAUUGUUAUGGGACCUGGGUGGCACCAUGCGUAGUUACCGGUUCAAGGGGCACGACGAGGCGGUGAUGGACGUGACCUUCUCCCCAACUGGCAAGUACAUGGCGUCGGCGUCGCGCGACCGCACCGUGCGAAUCUGGGUGCCCACGGUCACCGGCAGUACUGGAGUGUUCAAGGCACAUUCGCAGUCCGUACGCUCUGUUCAGUUCAGUAAUGAUGGCACUAAGAUAAUCACAGCAUCAGAUGACAAGAUAGUGAAGAUGUGGUCGAGUGAUAAAUACAAGUUUAUUGCUUCCUUCGUGGGGCAUACAAACUGGGUGCGAUGUGCACGUAUAUCCAAUGAUGGCUCUGUAAUCGCUUCAUGUUCUGAUGAUAAAACCACUAGACUAUGGAACCCGGAGAGUGGGGAACUCAUACAUACAUAUAAGAAUACAAAAGGAAGUGGCUUGUACUUGGCUUGGCACCCUUCUGGAUGUUACAUAGCUGUUGGUACUUCUCAGGGCAAUGUCAAGCUGUAUGAUAUACGGACACAUAAUCUGGUGCAAUAUUAUAGUAUACAUAGUGAUGCUGUCACACAAUUGGCAUUCCACCCUAGUGGUAGUUAUAUACUUACUGCUAGCAGGGAUGGCAAGAUGAAGAUCUUGGACUUGUUGGAAGGGCAUCCAAUAUUUACACUGACUGGACACACUGGAGCUGUGAAUGCUGUGAACUUCUCACCAAGUGGAGAGUCAUUUGCUUCGGCUGGUGAUGACAAACUGGGAACAAGAUCUUGGUAUCUUUGCUAUCACAGCAACAAGUAUCCGGUGACUACUUUUACCCACAUUGACGACGACCCCGGCUUGCUUACGCAGCCGUCGGGGGAAAUGCUGCCGAUUCACGAGAAUCCCGACGCUAACAGUACGAUGAUCGGAACAAGUCGCCACAGCGAUAGAACUGUAGUUUCCCGGCUUGAUGAUACGCCUGUUCACAACUCGACUCACAAGAGCUCUGUUUACACACACUCGUCUCCGGAUGAUUCGCAAUGUGCUUCCCCCGAGUGUCCCUCCUAUAAUGUCGGUCACGCAAGCCAUAUACCGCGGAGUUGUCCGCCGAAACCCAGCACUUAUACCAUUCCUUCUAUAAUAAGUAAGUCAAUAGGAGUGCGGUCCCACGACGAGGGGGUGAGAGAGGGUGAUUUGUUUGGCAUGAUAAAACUGAAACACAAUGACGUGUGCUACACUAGCGGCACUAUAGAGUGGGUCGGAAGGAAGAGGAGUUUCCCAAUAAACAGUGGAUUCAAAAUCCUCGACGACUUCCAAGGCGGGGGCUGUGAACCUGAACCAGUUUUGAAAAAAUCUAAGAGAUUAGAUACAUGCCAGUCAAAUAAGACGUUCACUUGUGAAGUGGAUAAGACGCGGGAGUGCGAGUGCGCAGAGAUGUUGCCCACAGUGAAUGCUAUAGUUGACCAUUUGAAUGCCCUUCAUGAAGCUGUGGACUUGGUUGACUUGAGACUAAAUACACUGGAGGAAUUGAAGAAUGAAUAGGUCCAAUUGU